AUCGAAUAUAUUGAUUAGAUAGUUGGCAACUUAUACUUAAUACUUAUUAGAGUGUUUUCAGUCUUUGUGUUGAAGUUAGGAUAUUCUGCAUGUGCCAUUCCAAUACUUUUUUAUUGUGGAUGAUCUAAUCAAAGAUAGGAAAUUCAUCAGACGCUCUGCCGCGGCGCCACAGACGGUCGCCUUUUGAGUAGGUACUUACCUACACGUCUAAGAUGGCUCAGUAGUGGUUCGGUGGGUGAUAGGGUGAGAUUAAACUCUGAUACUUCUUCUUCUUCGUCGGAUGAAUCAUCGGAUGACUCAUCGGUUGACUCGUUGUCCAGUUUCAAGUUAGAAAUCUCAGAAAAGAGUUCAAGCCCGAGCGGAGAGAGCAUCAGUGAAGCAAUGAAGCAUCUCAUAGAAACCGUCUACAAGGAAGAUGACUUCAUGAAUGCCGUUGAAACUGGCGAUAUCGCUUCGAUUCGACGGUGUUUAUAUGAAAAGAAAUGUGACAUUAACGAAAAAGAUUAUUUAGGCAGAACUGCGCUCCACAUAGCAAUAAUAUGUGGCCAUUACGAAAUCGUAGAGUUACUUCUCGAAGCUGGAAUCAACCCUGUAGUUAAAGACAGAAUGUGCAUGACACCAUUGUCUUUGGUUCUCACAAGAUGCCCAAAGUUAAAAUUAGUAGAAUUGUUGUUUAAAAAUGGUGCAGUCAUAAUGCCGCGUAAGGAAAAGGGAGACGUUGGAUUAUUCCUGUAUUACGUCAUGAUCUGCCAAGCAACACCGGAAGAUAAGAUGAUUAUGGAGUUACUUCUAAGGAAAGGUGCAGUAAUAAACGACCCAGCCGCGCCGGCCGGUCGCCAGGCUCUUCAUCUGGCCGCUCUAGCAAACAACUGUGAACUCAUUGAAAUACUAUUAAGCUUAGGAGCAGACAUAUUCGCCACAACCCAGCUCAAUGAAACAGCCAGGGACAUCGCAGUCUAUUUCCGCUGCAAGGAGGCCGAAAUGCUACUGGCUGAAAAGGAAUAUGAUAUGAUGUUGCUGUAUGAAAGAGAAAAAGGCUCAUUUCAACCGCGAGGAAGCGCGUAUAAUAAAGAUAGUGUCCGGUUUUCCGUGCACUCGGCGAUGACUGAAAGCUUUUUCGGGCUCUCGAAAAGGGCUUCAACAGAUAAAGAAUAUGGUUCUUCUUCUAAAGGAGCCGAAAGUACCAAAGGCAUUAAGCGGUAAAGGUAGUGUGUUAUUUCAUAAGGCGAUAAACUCACAGGAGCCUGGAUUGUCUAUGCCCAAGGAAGACGAGCCCCCUACCCGAGGGUCUACCGCGUCCGGUACCGCACAAUAGACCUAGCAAGAAAAUCUUAAUAAAGCAUAGGUAGAUACCAACAACAUCAGAGGAUAUCAACAACUUCACUCAACCCAAUAUCUUUAGCAAUAAGAAAAAAAUGUGAACCAGGAUAGGUACCUAAGUACGUACUUAUACGUAAGUACCUAUGUGCCUAUCCUAUUUCACCUUGUGUAAGAUGAUAAUAAUGAUGAUUAAAUAGUGGGCUUAUGGACAAACAGGUGCUGACUUCUUAAUUUUUUCGGAUAUUAAAUUACUAUGCGGUAUACUGCUGCUAGCCCUGCUUUGUGGCUAGCCCGCACACACAGCUCUUUCAGAUCGGUGAUGUUUGAUACAGCAUAGAUACGAAGUUAGGUAGGUACGCUAGGUGGAUUUCCCCUCCCAGUGCAAUAUGUUACUACGGCCUGUAGCCUAUAACUAGGUUAGUAGUUAGGUAGUAGUUUGGUAAGUACCUACCAAUGUUAUGUUGAGUUUGUUAUAAGUUUAGAAAUUAAAUAUGUUUUUAAUUAAUUAAUGCACGUCGCCAAGUUUAGGGUUAACUGAUUAGGUAGGUGCAUUACAUACAAAACAAUUUCUCCAUUCUCGGUUAGAGCAUAACCAGGGAGCAGUGGUUAACUUUUGACACAUCUGUCAUGAAUUUUAUAUGG